AUGGAGGAAAGAAAUAGGACUAACAGAAGUGGCGUCCUGCCUGUGGAAUCCCGCCGCGCAGGUAGGGGGCCGGGCUCUCCGCUUCGAAGGAGCCCACAAAAGCGAGCUGGUAGUUCCUCUAUUCUUGCCUGGACAGCCAGGGGCAAGGAUCAGAAGGUAAAUUAUACUGGCCAAAAUAGUGAGGAAAACAACAAAUUACUUGUUAUCCUGCAGUGGAAUGCAGAGGGAGUUCAUAAAAAAAAGGAAGCCUUAAAAAUAUUCCUACAUGAAAAUAAAGUAGACGUUGCUUGUAUUCAAGAAACUCACCUCAACAACAAUCUUCGCUUCUCUAUUAGAGGAUACACCUGCAUAAGGCAGGACAGGGAAAACAGACCUAAAGGAGGUAUCCUCAUUCUCAUAAAAAAUGACAUUCCAACAACAGAUAUCGUUAUACCAAACUCAACAGCAUCUGAGAUAAUGGGCACCAAACUCAUACUUGCAGAAGGUAACCUAAAUAUCUUCAAUUGCUACUGUCCUCCUGAUAAGGACCUGGAACUGGACCGCAUCUCCCUGCCAAACAGCGAAGAGUCUUGGUUAACCACGUCUACCCCCGACCUAGCUUUUGCUACUAAUGGAAUAUCCAAAAAAUGCAAAAGAGAAGUUGCAGAUCAACUAGCCACUAGCGACCACCGACCAAUCCUGAUCCAGAUAGAAACAUCAAACAGGCCAAUUGAAGCCUACCCCCGCCCUAGAUGGAACUACAAAAAAGCUAAUUGGGAGCUCUUCUCUUCCCUCACAGACUCCUACACAAGACCAAUCAACUGUAAAACCAAACAGGUGAACAAGUCAUACACAGCCUUCUCAAAAGCAGUUCUCUGGCAAGAAAAAACAGAACACCUCAAUGUAGAUAGAGAUGGUCAUAAACUAUGGAGUAUUGCAAAAAGGCUAAACCAAGAAGAAAACAGAGCUACUCCCAUAGUCAUCGACAUUGAAAACACGAUCAAAACAGAAAAGGAUGCAGCAAAAGAAUUUAUAACCCACUUCAGCAAAGUGGGACAAAUAAAUAUCAGCCACCAUAGAGUAGAAGAGGUUAAAAAUCAAACUGAAGUUAAAGAAAAACUACAGAAAGUCUCUCCACCCUCCUCCACUGGAAUGAUAGCUCGAAUUAGCAAGAAGGAGCUCGGAGAAGCAAUGAAGCUCCUCAAACUUAAGCAAGCUCCAGGCCCUGACAAAAUCUCAAAUGAUAUGCUCAUGCACCUGGGCCCCAAUGCUAAGAAAAAACUGCUCCAAAUAUUUAAUGAAAUAGAAGAUGGCUUUCAAGAAAAAAAACCAACCUCAAUAGUGUGGGUCGACUUUGAAAAAGCCUUUGACAAGGUUUGGGAACAAGGCUUAAUUCUAAAGCUAAUAAACCAUCAAGUAUCUCAUAACAUGCUAAACUGGAUAAAAGGUUACCUAAGCAACCGAAAAGCAUCAGUCUCCAUGCAAGGAAAAAGAAGUCACACAAGAAGUGCGAAAGAGAACAAUAAAAACAUCAGAGACCUGGUAAUGCAGUGUCAAUGA